AUGGCGCUGCUGCUGGAGCACGAGUUCAAGCCGCUACCGGCCGACAAGCAGAUCGAGACGCUGCCCUUCCUGGAGGCCGUGGCGCACCUGCCGCCCUUCUUCGAUUGCCUGGGGACUCCCAUCGUCUACUCGCCAGUCAAAGCAGACCUGACGGGAAAUAUCAAGAAAAUCCGGGCAGUUUACGACUCCAACCCCGCCAAGUUCAAAACGCUGCAGAACAUCCUGGAGGUGGAGAAGGAGAUGCAUGGCUCAGCCUGGCCCAAGACGGGCGCAACACUGGCGCUGAUGUGGUUGAAAAGGGGCCUGAAGUUCAUGCUGGUGUUGCUGCAGAGCAUCUCCGAUGGCGAGCGGGACGAGGAGCACCCGAACCUCAUCCGCGUGAACGCCAUGAAGGCUUACGAGAUCGCGCUGAAGAAAUACCAUGGCUGGAUGCUGCAGAAGCUUUUCACGGGUUCGGUCUACGCUCUCCCGUACAAAUCGGAUUUGCUGAAGGCGUUAGAGAAGGGUAAAGAAGUCAAAGAGGAGGAAAGCAUUGAGAAGAUUCAUCAAUUUCUCUCGAGGGUCACCCCCAUCCUGGAUGCAAUUUAUGAGAUGUACACGAAGAUGAACGCCGAGCUGAGCUACAAAGCCUAAAGCUCGCACGGACUGGCAGGGCUUAAACAAGGUGUGACGGGUGCUACCUGUGUCUUAAUCGCUGAGGCAGCUGGGGCGGCUCCUGGCUGUCAGGUGACUUUGAUUCUUAUCUGGAUCUGCAGUGGAUAACCUGUUUUCUUAAAAAAAAAAAAGGAAAAAUUAAUUUUCUAUUGAGAAUACAGCAAUAAAACAGUUGUACCCCACGUCAUCGCAGGAUUUCCCAAGCUUUUGUACUAAAGAGGAAAAACAAGUGUUUCUAGUCCUAACCGCCGGGUUUAUGUCUACCGCAGCACCGGGAAUGAAGCGUGGCUGGCGGCAGC